UCUGGAAAGGAAACUUUCCUGAGAGGUGAAUUAAAGCUUCUUCAGCUCAGUAAUAUAGUUGUAGUGUGCAGUAAUGUAUUUAUCCCGUCUAUAUUCAGCUGCACAAUCCUGAGCCAUGAUCACUCCAACAUAUGUUACAUCAGUCCUAAUGAUACACUCAAGUAACUGCCGCCCCCCGUCCCCGCUGGGGGACUCCCUGCUGGGCAGCCCGCUGUGUGGAGACCUGAUGGAGGACCUGCGGGACAUCUCCCAGUCCAUCGGGGACACGCUGGGGUUCGAUUUCCCGGAGUACCAGAGCGCCGGCCCCGGCUGUAGGAGCUCCAUCUCUCUGGACACCCUGACCCCGGCCUCCAGCCCGUCCUCCGGCGUGUGCGUGUCGUCGUCGGCGGGCUCGGAGGACGGCCUCGGCCCCCUCAGCCUGGAGUGCCGGGUGUGCUCGGACAGAGCCUCGGGGUUCCACUACGGCGUGCACGCAUGCGAAGGCUGCAAGGGUUUCUUCAGGCGGACCGUCAGGCUCAGUCUCGAGUACGAGAAGUGUGAACGCAACUGCAAGAUCCAAAAGAAGAACCGGAACAAGUGCCAGUACUGCAGAUUCCACAAGUGUCUGUCUGUUGGCAUGUCCCACAACGCUAUCCGGUUCGGUCGGAUGCCCCAGGCGGAGAAGCUGAAGCUCAAGGAGGAGAGCAAGAUGGUGGAGAAAGAGGAGGAGAGCCCUCUGAAGGCCGACCACAAGAUCCUGGUCAAGCAGAUCCACGAAGCCUACAUGAAGAACUUCAACAUGAACAAGGCCAAAGCGCGGCUGAUCCUCACGGGGAAACACGGCAACCCGCCUUUCAUCAUCCACGACAUGCAGACCUUCCAGCUGGCGGAGAAGACUUUGGCGGCCCACAUGGUGAACGAUGAGGAGGCGGAGGCUGAGAGCGGCCGUCGGGCCGGGCAGGUGAUCCCUGCCGUGACGUGUGGGGAGCUCCAGCAGAGCGAGGCGGAAGCCAGGCUCUUCCACUGCUGCCAGAGCACCUCGGUGGAGACGGUGACCGAGCUGACGGAGUUCGCCAAGGCCGUGCCGGGUUUCCAGAGCCUGGAUCUGAACGAUCAGGUGACGCUCUUGAAGUACGGGGUCUACGAGGCCCUGUUCACCCUCCUGGCCUCCUGCAUGAACAAAGACGGCCUCCUGGUGGCGCGCGGCGCAGGCUUCAUCACCCGCGAGUUCCUGAAGAGCCUCCGACGACCCUUCAGUGACAUGAUGGAGCCCAAGUUCCAGUUCGCAACGCGCUUCAACUCCCUGGAGCUGGACGACAGCGACCUGGCCCUGUUCGUGGCUGCUAUCAUCUGCUGUGGAGACCGGCCCGGCCUGGUGAACGCUCUUCUGGUGGAGCAGCUGCAGGAGAGCAUCGUUCAGGCCCUGCGGCUCCACCUGCUGGCCAACCAUCCGGACGACACCUUCCUGUUUCCCAGGCUGCUGCAGAAACUCGCUGACCUCCGGGAGCUGGUCACUGAGCAUGCGCAGCUGGUGCAGGAAAUCAAGACCACGGAGGACACGUCGCUGCACCCCCUGCUGCAGGAAAUAUACAGGGACAUGUACUGAAAAGUCAGACGUGCGUUGAAAUAUCAACUCUACACACAAAACUGGGUGCCUGCAUCCAGCAUUAACAGGAUAUUAUGUAAUAUAUUAUUAUUAAUGAUGUACUGUAAGUAGUGUACAGCAGACACAUGCACGUGUUUAGAGGGCAGCUGUUACAGGGAAUGUGAAAACUUGAGUGAGGGAGGGGGACAAAAAAAAAAAACCCACCUGCGGUUUAAUGUGUACAGUUCACUCAAUAUUACUAACUCACAAGUGAACAGAAGCUAAUCACAACAUGCUGUGCCAAUCUACAUGGCUUUUAACCUGACUGUACAUACUCAAGAUGCCCUGAUGUCGUGAAUUCAGCGGGGCUUGCUGCUAAUUGUGCUCAACAAUACAGACUUUGAAUGAGGCAAAUGUAAUUGUCACAUGUUUUAUCAUUGCCUUACUACAAGCUCACAGAUCAACAUGUAUAAGUCUCAUUAAGUGCCAUAUUUUUCAGUCUGACCUCAUAAUUUUUCUCUGGUGACCACACCAUUAAGUAUUUCUUUUUCUUUUCUUUUUUUUAAUACUGUGAUCUCAUGUAUGGAUUUUAAUCACAUUAGAAUGACUCAGGUUUAACGGUUUCUUUCAGUGGAAUUCUCAGUGUUACAGAGUACAAGGUGUUUUGUACAUUUUCUGCCAUCGAAAACAAGAACAAGCUGUAUUGGCUUGGUCUGUAUAGACUAUUUUCACAAUAAACACAAUAAUCUGG